GGCGGUGCAUUCCUUGGGAGGGAGGGUGUGUGUGUGUCGGUGCCUUCCCACACUCGGGGCAGCUCUUAUUUAAUGGGGGUCUCCAUGCAGGGCAGACACCAGAAGAGAUUUUGCCUUUCCCAGUCCCCAUCCAGGAACGAGAGCGGCUCACACGCCAGACGCCGGCAUGGCCGAGAUAAGGCUGGAGGAGGCGGCUCCUGGGAGCAGCCAAGCCUCCAGGAUGCACCUCCGGGAGGAUCUGAGGAGGAUACGGUGCGCGGUGCUGCUGUGCCUGCUCUCCGUGCUGGUCCUCAUGCUGCCCACUGCCUAUCUGCUGGUCGGAAACCUCCGAGCCCCCAGCUCCUGCGCCGGCCAGGUCACAGAAGAGAGGGGCUCUCACUUUCUGAAGCAACGGGCAGUACAUACUGUUACAGAUACACUUUCCAGUGCAGAAAAGCCAAGAGCACACCUGACAGUGAAGAAACAAGGUCCUGCCAACACCAUAGGAAACCACCUGCCCAUCCUGCAGUGGGAAGACAAGCGAGGCUUGGCCUUUACCAAGAACAACCUGAAUUAUUCCAGCAACGCACUGGUGAUACCUGUGUCUGGGGACUACUAUGUCUAUGCUCAGGUCACGUUCCGAGGGCCCACUGAAAGUAGCAGUAGAACAAAUUCUGUCACUGAGGUCAUCACCAAAGUCACCGACAGCUACCCCGAGCCCACCCAGCUGCUGACUGGCACCAAGACCCUCAGUGAAAAUGGAAACAGCUGGUUCCAGCCCAUUUAUCUGGGUGCUGUGGUCUCCUUAGAAGUAGGAGACAAGCUAAUGGUCAACGUUAGCGACAUCAAGCUGGUGGAUUACACUAAGGAGCACAAAACCUUCUUUGGUGCCUUUUUACUGUAAGUCCCUGGCAGCUGUUGGUGGGGGCUUCCCUUCAGGCCCUGGUGUGACCUCGCUGGACCUUGGCUUUGUGGGUGCGCGUUGGGGUGCUAUCGUUGUGCUGUUAUCCUCCUUCUGUACUGUCACUCCCCUGCAGCUCACUGCAGCCUUAAAUUAAGGGGUAGGAAAAGCUGAAGCCGUAGGCUAAAUUGAAACAAACCAGAAACAAA